AUGGACCUUGUUGGCAUGAACGCAUUGUGGCCUACAGGCCUUGGUGGCAUGAACGCAUUGUGGCCUACAAACCUUGGUGGUAUGAACGCCUUGUGGCCUACAGGCCUUCGUGGCAUGAAUGCCUCGUGGCCUAUAGGCCUUGGUGGCAUGAACGCCUCGUGGCCCAUAAGCCUUGGUAGCAUGAACGCCUCGUGGCCUACAGGCCUUGAUGGCAUGAACGCCUCAUGGCCUAUAGGCCUUGGUGGUAUGAAUGCCUCAUGGCCUACGGGCCUUGGUGGCAUGAACGCCUCGUGGCCUAUAGGCCUUGGUGGCAUGAAUACCUCGUGGCCUACAGGCCUUCGUGCUUAA